AUGGAGUCCUCAGAAUUAUACCAUGCCAAGCAGCAGUUCAUUCUGGGAGCCUACUCGUCGUUGAUCGACUUGACACUACCUGACCCCAAUUCCCCGGAUCACAACCCCAUACUGCUGUACAAGGCUCGAGCGCACAUUGCCUCUGGCAGCCCCAAGUGGGUAACGGAGCUUGUUCCAGCAGAUACUGAAGAUGUUUCCUUGAAAGCUGUCACUGCCUUGGCCCGGUAUAGACAAGCUACAGAAGAUGCCGACAAGGACUCUGCACUAGAGGAACUGCGAGAUCUGUGUGUAGAGAUCGAAGGAGAGGACGGGAGCACCGACGAGAGACAGAAGGCUCUGGUGCGCGUUAUAGCUGGAACCGCAUUCGUGUGGGCCGGCGAGAUCGAGGAAGCUUUGGAAACUUUGGGUGCUGGAACCAGCCACGAGAAUCUUGAAGCCGUUGCUAUCACUGUGCAAAUCUACCUCUCCAUAAACCGCACCGACCUUGCAACGAAAGAGUUCAACCGGGCCAAGCGAUGGGCAGAAGAUGAUCUCCUCCUGCAGCUCAUAGAAUCGUCUAUUGACCUGGUGAAGAUCGGAAAUGAUGCAUACUCCAACCCGAACUCGUUCUACAACGAGCAACUUGGCAACCCGUCCUUGACUUCCCCGCACCUUUUGACAGCGCGUGGUGUCACACGCCUUCUGAGAGGGGAGAUUCCAGCGGCCAAGUCGGACUUCGAAGAAGCACUCUCUCAGAAGCCUGGCGACCCGGAGACCUUCGCCGCCCUGACAGUAGCCUCCAGUCUACCAGGGUCGAAGAGAGGGGAAGGCGAACAAUUCUGGAAGUACGUAUCUCCGCGUCGUAUUGAAGUCUUUCCCUUCGUAUUGACUUGCGGGCGGCUAGUGAUUUGA